AUGGCCGCCCUCGCAUCGAAGCAGGAGUCGCUAAAGAUAUUCGAAAGGCUCAAGUCGAAACCCGCGAACAAGGUUUGCUUCGACUGCGGUCAGAAUAGUCCCACAUGGACCUCGGUCCCCUUUGGCAUCUAUCUCUGCCUCGACUGCUCAUCGAAUCACCGUAACCUUGGUGUUCAUAUCUCUUUCGUCCGAUCAACCAACCUCGACCAGUGGCAAUGGGACCAACUUCGUCUCAUGAAAGUUGGAGGUAAUGAGUCAGCGACCAAGUUCUUCCAGCAGAACGGAGGCACUGCUGCGCUUAAUAGCAAGGAUUCUAAGACCAAGUAUCAAUCCAACGCUGCCACCAAGUACAAAGAAGAGCUGAAGAGGAGAGCUGCCCGGGACGCCGCGGAGUACCCCAACGAAGUCGUGAUUACCGACGGUGAAGCUCCUGCCCGCGAUCAAGCGACCCACUCCCCCAUUUCUCGGACUGCCACUCCUCCCGUUGUCGGCCGUACCGCGUCCCCGUUGGCCGCUGGCUUGAGCACGUCUCGGCCCUCGUCCGCCCUUUCUAAGCCCGCCUCCGACGCCAAGCCUGCCGCUAGCCGCAUAACGCACUCAACCGCUCUUCGAAAGACGGGCACGGGCGCAGCUGGCCCCAAGAAGGCCAACAUUCUCGGAGCUAAGAAGACGGUCACCAAGCUCGGGGCCAAGAAGGUCACCAGCGACAUCAUCGACUUUGACGAGGCUGAGAAGCGUGCCAAGGAGGAGGCCGACCGCAUCGAGAAGCUCGGCUACGACCCUGAUGCGGAGGCUGAGGCUGAGACCUCUAAGGGUGCCAAGGCCGAGGCAGCCAACGUGUUGUCUCCCACCCCCGUGAGCCCUAACAGGGGUGGUUUUGGCAGCACUGCUCCCGCCAAGUCUGGCUCUGAUGUCGAGAGGCUAGGCAUGGGCGUCGCCAGGCUCGGUUUUGGCCAGGUUGGUGGUGGAAAGGCUGCUGCUGCGACUACUGCAGCCCCCAAGAAAGUUGGUGGUGGAUUCGGUUCCGUCGGACCCAUCAAGUCGUCUGCGAAUGAUGAUGAACCCGACUAUGCACGCAAGAAGUUUGGCGCGCAAAAGGGCAUUUCUUCUGACGAGUUUUUCGGCAAAGGCGCCUUUGACCCUUCCCAACAAGCUGAAGCUAAGACCCGUCUCCAGGGCUUCGAGGGUGCUACCGCCAUCUCGUCCAACGCCUACUUUGGUCGCCCAGAGGCGCAGGCCCAGGAGGAUUAUGGCGAUCUCGAGUCUGCGGCCAAGGAUUUUGUCCGCAAGUUCGGCAUCACCGCCGCUGACGACAUUGAUAACCUCACAAACGCUCUGGGCGAGGGCGCCACCAAAUUGCAGGGCGCCAUCCGGGCUUACCUAGGAAACUGA